CUUGUCAUUCAGCCGCCCUUGUCUCAGCUAUGUGGCUCCGACUACUUAUGCUAUGCUUCUUCAACGAAGCCUUAGGACAUCUAAAUGCCUCUUCUCAGGCAGAAUUCAACCCUGCGGUAAUUUUUUCACAAACAACAGAACUUCUGGAAGGGGACAUCUUGCAAUUAAAGUGUAUGGUUUUUAUGACAGAAAAACCAAAGGACGCAUUAUGCAUAUACCUCUGCAAGGACGGUGUCGCGACCAGAAUAGAGAGAAUUACAAGGUCAAAGAGCAUUGUGUUUAAAAUUCCACAAGUUGCGAUAAAAGACUCUGGUAAUUACAGCUGUGUGUAUUCAACAGAAAAGCAAUUAGUCCAACGUGUUACAGCUGUAGGCCACAAUACUGUCUUCAUCCAAGUCAGAGAAUUUGGUUUGGGCAACAUUUAUCGAAGAAAUGCUGUCAUAUUUGAGAGUGCCAGUGUGGAUCUGAUAUGUUUUGGUGUCGAGACCAAAACAGACAGAUCUUUACACAUGUACUUGUGCAAGAAUGGAAUUGGGGUCAACAUGGAUGUGGCUCGUUCCGAUGGGAUAGCCAUUUUUAUACUCGGACAAGUCAGAAGAGAAGACUCUGGCAAUUACAGCUGUGUGUACUCAAUAAAGAAACAUCACCCUGGCAACGUGACUUCCACAAAUGAGAGAUCUGUAAUCAUCCAAGUAACAGAGAUGGAUGUCCAUCAGUGGUGGGUGAAUGUCAUUAGACUCUUGUGUUCAGUUGGAGUGGUCAUUGCAGCUAUGGCCUUUCUGACUGUUCAUAAUUUCUACAGCAUAAAAGCAAUGUUCUGUGCAACGAAUGCUCCAGCAACGAGGUCAAAACCAGAUGACACAAAUAGCAGCUCUAAAGAGACUCAGCAGCUCACACAAGAGAGAAGAGAAUCCAGACAAAUACAACUUUCUUCAACUGUUUCACCACAAGGGGAAGUGUCAUAAAGACUUCAACCUAGCAUUCACAACAAUCUUCAUUAUUUUUCAAUUAAAUUUACUCAAAGUCACUCCCCUGAACCAACACAUGUGACUGUACAUGUAUUGAUUUGGUAUUUCUGUCCAAAGUAUCUUAGAAGUCACGUGGAUAAUAUUUGUUUGAAUGCUCUGCAUGUAUUGGUCUAUGAUGUUGUAUGUUACAUGCACAGUAAAUUCAGAUCAAUACAAAAAAGUAACAAUGUACACAUGUAAC